GCCACUUUGGAGCCAGAGAAGCGUUGACGGAAGACACUGGAAUUAUUUGUAAUACAUUAGAGAUUUGCAGCAUUUAACAGUACUUUCUCUCAUAUAGGCUGUAUACCAAAACAUUACUUUUCUGAAAUACAUUUGAGUGUUGUCGCCUGCGCAUAGCCGUCGGACCGGCCUAUUCGGCAUUGUUUUUUGGGGCGCCCGUUAUCCAGCAACAGAGCCAGACAGGAAGAGCGAGGGAACUUAUUCUACGAGCCUCUUUAGACCGACCGGAGAUAAAUCGAGGAAACAUUCGUAAUUAGAAACAGUUACGUAACCUGGUAUAGGUGGAACGUCACGCCUGGUAUCGAACAACAAGUCAACUUUCAGCCUGUCAUUAUUUUAUUUUUGUGAUUUUAUACGGAGAAAAUUACCGUCCGUGUUCAUGCCAGAUCUGCAGCGCUUUAGUUUUCCAUACCAUAGUAUGAAUCCUUUGUUAGAGGCGAACUCGCUUCUCCAACAUCAACAGCAGCAGAACCAAGGAGGACCGAGUCAUCCGGAUUCCCCCUCAGGCCUUCUACCCGAAGCCGUCUUCUGCUCGCCCGACCCGACAUCUUUCUUCCUGGGCGACCAUCCCGGACUGGGCUCGGAGACUCAGCCAGCGUUCGAUUUCAGCACACCCUCACAAGCUUACCUGCAUCUGAACCAUAAUAACCACUCUUAUCACCGGUCUGUGCCCCAACCUCCUGCAGCGAUGGCACUGAGGAACGACCUGGGCUCCAAUAUCAGUGUCCUAAAGACACUGAACUUACGGUUUCGAUGCUUUCUGGCCAAAGUGCAUGAACUUGAGCGAAGGAAUAAGAUUUUGGAGAAACAACUACAACAGGCGUUGGCUACGAAGAACAGCUGUGAUGGAAGUUGUUCUGAAAGCGCUAGACGGGCCCAUACCCAAGAAACAGGUGUACAGACCGGGUUUGUGGGAACUAUCCCGCUCAGGCCCGGGUCACUCCCGUUCCAAAACACCAAUAACUCUGCGAGACGACCCACUAUCCUCACGCUUGAGUCCAAUAACAAAGCUGAAACAAACCCCACCGAACCGAAUCAUAAUCCGACCAUCACGGUAAGCCUAUCAACCCCGACAAUCGACUCUCCAGCCGGGUCCAAUUCAAUCACCAACGGGAAAACGGUUUUCAGUACUGGCACUGGAACCCCCACCAACCCGCCUCCCCGGUUCCUCCCCGGUACUAUCUGGUCCUACAACCAUACCCGCAAGCUUGCUUCUGGCGUGGAGACGCGCGUCACCAGCCCCGGUGUGUCCUGGGUCCAGCCGGAUGGGGUCGGGGUCCAGAUUGAUACCAUUACCCCGGAGAUCAGAGCCCUGUACAACGUCCUGGCCAAAGUCAAGAGGGAGAGAGAUGAGUACAAACGCAGGUGGGAGGAGGAGUACACUGUUAGAGUGGACAUGCAGCAGAAGAUGGAAGACCUACAGGAGGACCUCCAGGAGAGUGAGGGCUGUCAGGAUGAGUUGGCUGUCAGAUUGCAGCAGCUGAAGUCUGAACUGGUGCUCUUCAAAGGCCUCAUGAGCAACAACAUGUCUGAUCUGGACAGUAAGAUCCAGGAGAAGGCCAUGAAGGUGGACAUGGACAUCUGUAGACGCAUCGACAUCACGGCUCGCCUGUGUGACGUGGCCCAGCAGAGGAACUGUGAGGAUGUCAUCCAGAUGUAUCAGGUCCCUAACACCCAGUCUGCCAUCAACUGUCGCCCUCGGAAACAGACCCCGCUGUCCGUCAACAGUAGUGAGGGUGAUGAGACUAUCAGCACCUCGGAAAGUGAUGGGGGCCUGCCCAGAGAGGAGGAGCUCUGUGGCUCGUCAGCCAAUCAGAUCAACGAGGAAAUGCAGAGGAUGCUCAACCAGCUGCGGGAGUGUGAGUUUGAAGAUGACUGUGACAGCUUGGCCUGGGAGGAGACAGAGGAGACUCUGCUGCUGUGGGAGGACUUCCCAGGAUGCACUCUGGCUCCAGAGACCACCCACCAGCCAGGAGAGCAGGAAGACCAGUGUCUGGAGAAGGUGAUUAAUGACACGGAGGACUUAUUCAAAUCCAGGGAGAAAGAAUACCAAGAGACCAUCGACCAGAUUGAGUAUGACUUGGCUACAGCUAAGAGUGAUAUGAACCGUCACCUACAUGAAUACAUGGAGAUGUGUUCUAUGAAGAGAGGCCUGGAUGUGCAGAUGGAGACCUGCAGGAGACUCAUCACCCAGAGUGGGGACAGUAAGCCUGGCUCUCCUGUGGCUGGUGUGGAGAGCGUUGACCAGGCUAAGAAGGAAGGGACAACAGCGUCGCCUCUUCUCUCCAACUCUCCUCCCAGAUCAUGACCUAUCAAGACCACCUCCAUCACAUGACCUUCAUACCAUACAAGCACUGUACCACGCAACACUCUAACGUCACUAUAGCAACGCCAUGUUUACAUUCUAAACACUAGAUGCUUAUUAGUCUAUUUUUAAUUUUCUUCAUGCUAUCUUCAUUCACAUACCUCAAAAUAGAAAAGUUGCAGAUCUAUCUGUUUUUUGCUACGGUGUAGUGUUGUGUGUUUCCAACAGCUUUUAGUCCCCUCUACUGGAAAGUGGUAUUACUAGCACCAUGGAAGUCUGUACAUAAGAACCCACUGUUUAACAGAGCAAAGGUAACGAGGUAAUGGAUUGAAAUACACAACUUGAAUUGAGAAUACCUCAUAGCAACGUAUGAGCAAUAUUUGAAUGAACUCAUAUGAGUUGUAGGCUACUCUUAAGGUAGUUGUUGGUACUACAGAGAACCAUGGUAAUAACUCCUAUAGCAUGAUCCAUUUCCACACAGCCAUAAUGAUAAACACACCACACCAAUACAUUCAUGAUAGGCUAGCAUAGCAGAUCAUUCUAACAGUGUGCUGUCCUGUUGCAACAUUAUGAGUGUUGUUUUCAGACUCAGUCAAACUCACCUAGAAGUAUAACACAGUAAAUAUAAGCCUUAGGGUGUGUUCGUAAAUUCACUCUGGAGUGUCAUAGUGCGCUCUGUGCGUUCGUAAAUUCACUCUGGAGUGUCAUGGUGCGCUCUGUGCGUUCGUAAAUUCACUCUGGAGUGUCAUAGUGCGCUCUGUGCGUUCGUAAAUUCACUCUGGAGUGUCAUAGUGCGCUCUGUGCGUUCGUAAAUUCACUCUGGAGUGUCAUAGUGCGCUCUGUGCAUUUGUAAAUUCACUCUGGAGUGUCAUAGUGCGCUCUGUGCGUUUGUAAAUUCACUCUGGAGUGUCAUAGUGCGCUCUGUGCGUUUGUAAAUUCACUCUGGAGUGUCAUAGUGCGCUCUGUGCGUUUGUAAAUUCACUCUGGAGUGUCAUAGUGCGCUCUGUGCGUUCGUAAAUUCACUCUGGAGUGUCAUAGUGCGCUCUGUGCGUUCGUAAAUUCAAAGCUUUGUCAGAUUGUCCGUUGUUAAAUUCGGCGUGUUUCGCUCUUGGAGUGUCCAGAGCGCAUGCUGGACGCUCCGGCCGAGGAGUAGGGUUGUUCCGAGCCUUCUGACCUCACAAUGGCGGUCAAGCACCCAAGCUAACUGGCUAACGUUGGCUAGCUACUUCCAGAUAAAAAUGAGAGCACCUCACUCGAACCAUUUUACUCACCCUAGCAGAGCUGGUUUGGCUGUUUACAUGUUAUCCAGAGCUCUGUUGACUAACUGUGAUGCUGGCAACAAUUUAAUGAAGCUUUUUGCCGAUGUUUACUGACACCGGCCAUAUUCAACGGGUGUUGAGCGCUGGUAAAGUCAUCAGUUAUUCUGCGCUCUGGCACACUCAGGUGAGAGUGCUUUGAAAUCGGAGUCGAUAGCCAGAGAGUUUACGAACACACCCUUAAACAAAGCAAAGCCCAAUUGGCAAGAGAGAAAAACUCCAGAUGUAUCACUUUAUUAGCAACAAAACAGAAAUAUACUGUACUGUAUCAUAGUUAUUCAAACGGACUAAAAUAAUAUCAAAUCACUCAUUUUAUCAAGACAUCUACACUUCAUUCAUAGGUAUCGAUGAAAACUAGAAAAAGUCCAAUCGUAAACUAAACUCUAAGAUGCAGUCACUCCGAUGGCAUCACUGAUAUCCCGUGUGUGUGAUUCUGCACUCAUGAGUCACAUUUUGAAACAAAAGCCUGCCCGUCUCUCUGCCCUUUUGUUGACACCAGACAGGGUGUCAUGGUAACAUUAUUUUACCGUCCUGUUUCACUUACCUGGUAUUUACUAAGGAAUUAUUGGAUAACAUUGUGUAACAUUGUAUUCUUUCUUCAACACAACUGGUAACUAAACCUGGUACUGAAUGUUACAUCGUGGUGCUUGUUUCACUGAAUCCCAAAGAACCCCAAAAGUAGUUUUAUUGUAAUUAUAAUGUAAUACCAUUUUACUGUGUCGAGUAAAGUAAAUAGGAGACUGUAACCAGAGUCAACAAGAGAGGGGGGAGAGCGAGAGCAGAGAUUUUUGUUUUAGAAAGAAGCCGUAGCCUAGGGGUUUCCACUAGAUAACACAGCCACAAAGUCAAAAUAGGCUAUAUCGAAGGUUAGCAGUGUGGUUAAGUUUAGGGUCAGAUUUUACGAAGAUAAAUUGUAGAAAUAGACAGGGUUUAUGACUUUGUGGUUGUGUAAACUAGUGAUGAUCAUAGCCUAGCCUGGUUCCAGAUCUGUAUAUGUGCUUUAGUCAACUCCUCUAACUAUCGUUGUCAUGCCAUUUGCUUUUCUAUGUGACUCCAGAGAGGUCAUCUCUGCCACUGAUCCACUUCUUUCAGGGACUUUGACUUUUGUCAUGGCAUCUAUGGUGAAAGAAGUUUGCUAGAGCACAUACUGAUCUGGUACCAGGCUAGUCAUAGGCUCUGUGUCGGCCCUAUAUGUGGUAGUGCAGUGUGAAUAGUGUAAAUACUCUGUUAAAGGUGAUCUGAAGGCAGCUCUGGGGCCUUGCCCUGAUCUCUGUGUGUCUCUGUCACUGACACAGGGAGAGGGAUACAUAUGACAAAGGGCAUUGACACCCAAGUGUUAUUAUACCUACGAGCUGUCUAAUGUAUACUAAUGUUUUGUUUAGUUUCCAGCAGCAGAGAGCAGAGAAAGCCCUGCUACUCUGUCCUCUAGCAGGGAGAUGGGUAGGCUAGCUAUGAUAAGUUAGAUAGGCGAGAUCUAUGUAUCUGUUCUGUGCUCUCUAUUUCUAUGUCUGAUCUGGUUGGUAAGGACUCAAUGCAUCAGUAGUAUUGUAUCAGAGAGAAACGGAAGAUUGAUGAACAGGCUAUAAAAGACAGAAUGUCCACAGAUGAACAAAUAGACAGACCGACAGAUGAAUGUACAGUACGGAUAGAUAGAUGGACAGAUUAAUGAAUAGAGGGAUAGAUUGAUGACCUGCUGAGAUCAUUUGUGUUUGCUACUUGAGUGCCAAAGCAACUGAAAACAAGCAGUCUGAAUUAACUUUGAGAAAUAUUGCUGAAACAUUGUUAUAGAAGUACUAAAUACUGAUGUUGAAAAGCUAUCUGACACGGUGCUUGAUAUGAUCUAACCUAUUUUUGAGCUUAAAAGUUAGCCGUUAUAAAGAAAGAGCAAAGCAAAUAUGUAUAUUCAAUAAUACAGCAGUAACAGCAAUAAUACGAGUAUUAUAUGUAACAGAAAAGUAAUAAUGACAUGUACAGAUGUAGGAUCUUAAAUUGAUCACCUUUGUUGCCGAGAAUUUUCCUGUUCUAAAAGUGCUUCUAAGGUUUGUAAUUUCCGCUUAGAAAUUUCAGACUUGAUUUUCCCUAAUGAAAAAUGCAUCAACCCAUACAAAAAUGGCCAUGAAUUAUAAUCCACAUAAUAAAUCACAUUUCCUGUUGCUGCAGAAUUUUGUCCUAGCUCAAAAUAAGAUUCUACAUCUGUAAUAAGUCAAACUCGUACACGUCACGAAUGUAAACAAUUACUGAAGAAAACUUGUUUUAUUUUCUCCACUUGUCAUCUAUUUGUAGAUGGGGUGAAAUCGCUACAGCUGAGGAGUAGAUUUCCUCUCUGUUAAUUCAACAUACACAAUGUUAUUAUUCAGUAGAAUGUAGAUGUACAAUACAUUUUUGUUUGUCUUCAUUGACAUUGAAAGAUGCUUGACUUUGAAUACAAAACCUCAGAUAAACAAUAUUUAAUAACUCAAUAAUAGAACACAAGGAUUCCUUCACAAACACUAUAUCUUUAUCAACAACCAAAUGGAGUCCAUUUCAUUUGUGUUUUUCUUUUUGUUGUUUGAUGAGGAAGUUGUUGAAACAGGUGCAGGCUGCUGGUCACACCUCAAUAUUGUAGAAGGGUUUCCAAGGCUUUCUCUGAACGAUUAUAUAGGUUGUGAAUUACAGGUUUUGAAACCAUGAAAAAAUGAUAUGCAUGUCUUAAACUACAGUUGAAGUUGGAAGUUUAUAUACACUUAGAUUGGAGUAAUUAAAACUUGUUUUUCAACCACUCCACAAAUUUCACAAGUCGGUUAGGACAUCUACUUUGUGCAUGAUACAAGGAAUUUAUCCAACAAUUGUUUACAGACAGAUUAUUUAACUUAUAAUUCACUGUAUCACAAUUCCAAUGGGUCAGAAGUUUACAUACACUAAGUCGACUGUGCCUUUAAACAGCUUGGAAAAUUCCAGAAAAUGUCAUAGCAUUAGAAGCUUCUGAUAGGCUAAUUGUUAUCAUUUGAGUCAAUUGGAGGUGUACUUGUGGAUGUAUUGCAAGGCCUACCUUCAAACUCAAGUGUCUCUUUGCUUGACAUCAUGGGAAAAUCAAAAGAAAUCAGCCAAGACCUCAGAAAACAAAUUGUAGACCUCCACAAGUCUGGUUCAUCCUUAGUACCCAAGUAUAAACACCAUGGGACCAUGCAGCCGUAAUAACGCCCAGGAAGGAGACGUGUUCUGUCUCCUAGAGAUGAACGUACUUUGCUACAAAAAGUGCAACUCAAUCCCAGAGCAACAGUAAAGGACCUUGUGAAGAUGCUGGAGGAAACGGAUACAAAAGUAUCUAUAUCCACUGUAAUACGAGUCCUAUAUCGACAUAACCUGAAAGGCCGCUCAGCAAGGAAGAAGCCACUGCUCCAAAACCAUCAUAAAAAAGCCAGACUAGGGUUUGCAACUGCACAUGGGGACAAAGAUCAUACUUUUUGUAGAAAUGUCCCCUGGUCUGAUGAAACAAAAAUAGAACUGUUUGGCCAUAAUGACCAUCGUUAUGUUUGGAGGAAAAAGGGGGAAGCUUGCAAGCCGAUGAACACCAUCCCAAGCAACAUCUCAAGACAUCAUUCAGGAAGUUAAAGCUUGGUCGCAAAUGGGUCUUCCAAAUGGACAAUGACCCCAAGCAUACUUCCAAAGUUGUGGCACAAUGGCUUAAGGACGAUGUCAAGGUAUUGGAGUGACCAUCACAAAGCCCUGACCUCAAUCCUAUAGCACAUUUGUGGGCAGAACUGAAAAAGUGUGUGUGAGCAAGGAGGCCUACAAACCUGACUCAGUUACACCAGCUCUGUCAGGAGGAAUGGGCCAAAAUUCACCCAACUUAUUGUGGGAAGCUUGUGGAAGGCUACCCGAAAGUUCAACAAUUUAAAGGCAGAAAACCAAGACAGCUAGUCCGGGAAAGAUUUAUCAGGAAAUAUUCACAAGCAUGUCUUUGCGGGAAAAAUAAGCUGACGUUUUAUUAGAAGAAUGCAGACUGAAAGAUGCAUCUGUACAGCUUUCUAACAGUUAAAUACCAAAUACUAAUUGAGUGUAUGUAAACCUCUGACCCACUGGGAAUGUGAUGAAAGAAAUAAAAGUAGAAAAAAAUCAUUCUCUCUUCUGUUAUUCUGACAUUUCACAUUCUUAAAAUAAAGUGGUGAUCGUAACUGAACUAAGACAGGGAAAUUUUACUAGGAUUAAAUGUCAUGAUUUGUGAAAAACUGAGUUUAAAUGUAUUUGGCUAAGGUGUAUGUAAACUUCUGACUUCAACUGUAUGUAUUGGUUAUGCCAUUCCUUGGGCUAGGAGUUUCUCCUGACCACAUGACCUCGGUCCUAGACCAGAGUUAUUCAACUAUUACCCUACGAGGUCCGGAGCCUGCUGGUUUUCUGUUCUACCUGAUUUACUAUAAUUGCACCCACCUGGUGUCCCAGGUCUAAAUCCGUCCCUGAUUAGAGGGGAACAAUGAAAAAAUGCGGUAGAGCUGGCUUUGAGGUCCAGAGUUGAGUUUGAGGGUCCUAUGCUGUAAGGCUUGAACUAGGUUUUUUUUCUGCUCAGGUCAUAUGUCCAGUAAAACUCCUGGCCCCAGCGUUCCUGCCCUUUGGCCAGAACUGGAGAUUAAAAUGGAGAAUAGAAGGCAGUGGAGAAAUAGUGUGAGAAUGCAUGAGUCAGCGUGUAUGUUUAGGAGAGUGUUCUAAUGUCCUUGGUUUUUAAAAAGAGUUUUACUGGUUCACUUACAACAUGAAGAAUACAAUAGUCCUAAAAUGCACACUGUCUUCCAGUGUCUGUCUGACAAUAGACCAAUUCAUAUCCUCUUCACAACUGAACUGAAGGCUAACGGUAUAACUGAAUCAUUGUAAACUAGAGUGGUAGGGACCAUACAGUGAUGUGUUCUGCUGACUGGAUUCCCAUCUCUAUAAAUGUCUGUAAAAUCGACUUGAAAUACUGUAUAUGUGUAAAUCAAUGAUGUACAAUAAUCGCUCUAAUAUUCCUUCAAUAAUCCACUUUCUUCAUGAGUGUAUGUGAUUACAAAGUAAAUUCGUUUUAGAAAUGGCACCAAAGUGUAAAAAAUAAUAAAUGAAAAUAACUACUCACAUGCAAA